GACAGUUUCCGGGGUUUCCCUUCCUGGGCUGGGACAAGCGGCGAGAAGCAAAAAAAAACGUUCCUGUCGAUAAGAAUAUUUCAAAGUCACACACUCAGGCUCGUCAGCCAUCCAGUAAACGGUAGCGAUGUCUCAAUCUGGAGAAAAAGGGAAGUUCCCAGAUGCAGCAGGUUAUGUAGGGUUUGCCAACCUCCCAAACCAAGUGCACCGAAAAUCUGUGAAAAAAGGGUUUGAAUUCACCCUAAUGGUUGUAGGGGAGUCUGGUUUGGGCAAAUCGACACUUAUAAACAGCCUGUUUCUUACUGAUCUCUACCCUGAACGCUACAUCCCUGGUGCUGCAGAGAAGAUUGAGAGGACGGUGCAAAUUGAGGCGUCGACCGUGGAGAUCGAAGAAAGAGGAGUGAAGCUUCGCCUAACUGUGGUUGACACCCCUGGAUAUGGAGAUGCCAUCAACAGCCAGGACUGCUUUAAGACCAUCAUCCAGUACAUCGACAAUCAGUUCGAGCGAUACCUUCAUGACGAGAGCGGGCUCAACCGAAGACACAUAGUGGACAACAGGGUGCACUGCUGCUUCUAUUUCAUUUCUCCAUUUGGACACGGUCUAAAGCCUCUGGAUGUGGAGUUUAUGAAGGCCAUCCACAGCAAAGUUAACAUAGUCCCGGUCAUCGCUAAGGCUGACACACUGACACUGAAGGAGAGGGAUCGCCUGAAGAGGAGGAUCCUGGACGAGAUCGCAGAGCACGGGAUCAGAAUUUAUCAGCUACCUGACGCAGACUCUGAUGAGGAUGAGGAGUUCAAGGAGCAAACGAGAGUCCUCAAGGCAAGCAUUCCCUUUGCUGUGAUUGGCUCCAACCAGCUGAUUGAGGUAAAGGGAAAGAAGAUCCGUGGUCGUCUUUACCCGUGGGGAGUUGUGGAGGUGGAGAAUCCCGAGCACAAUGACUUCCUCAAGCUCCGCACCAUGCUUGUGACUCACAUGCAAGACCUGCAGGAAGUCACUCAGGAUCUGCAUUAUGAGAACUUCCGCUCAGAGAGGCUGAAGAGAACGGGCAGAGCUGCGGACGAGGAUGUGAUGGAUAAGGACCAGAUCCUGCUCCAGAAAGAGGCCGAGCUGAGACGUAUGCAAGAGAUGAUCGCUCAUAUGCAGGCACAGAUGAAGAUGAAAUCAGACGAGUGAAAGGGUCGAAAGCAGAAGGGAAGCACUGUGAUCCAAGAACCCCACACGCACACACACACACACACACACACACACACACACACACACACACACACACACACACAAACACACACACACACACACACACACACACACACACACACACACACACACACACACACACACACUCUUGGUCCUCCUCUGAGUCCAUCCCUGUCUGCUGCCACCGUUCACACCUUCCAGGAGUAUCCAUAUCAUCAUCUCGGCUCCUCUGCACACCACCACUGUUCCUUCCCUCCAAUCAUCCAUCCAUCAGAUGUUCAGGAGCUCCUCACUGAUGUUUUUUUUUCUUUCAGUCCAUAUAUCAACGAUUUUUUUGUGUCCUAGUUUACCGAGAGCAACUGUAUACAUUUAACUUACGGUGAAAUGUUCGUAUAGUGAAUAAUUACUGUUGACGAAUAUCUAAAUCUUAACAUUAUGGUCCACAGAUCUGCCAGCGACAACGGUACUAAAAGGUUUUGCCAUCACACUAACUAUGUUUACAAAAGUUAGUCCAGGAUUCAGAUGGCGCCAUUUUCCAUUUAUUUUGCUGUCAGUUUUAAACUAGUUUUGAACACUUUUUUAUCUUAAAACUUAAUAAUUGUUUGCUUCUCAUGUCUUUCUAUUGGUUUAUGAGUAAAUCUGUAGUCCAACAUCUUUACCUCUUGAUGGUUUCAGACCUUCAGUGCCUCUUAAUCACUUCACAGCUUUAACGUUAGUUGAAUAUUGUUUGUACAAUCAUGCAAUAACUACAAAUAUCACCACAGUGAGUAGGGUUAAUAAUGAGGUUACCUUCCAUGUCGAGAGUAAGGAAUGUGCUGCUCAUGUGCCGGGAUAUCCAGGGGAAUAUAUUUGUCCUUAAUUGUGUUAAAAUAGAAAUAUUAUAAAGCCAACAACACAAACUACUAAAAAUAAGUACUCAAAUAAUACUAUGCUGUUAUAAAGACAAACACUCAGAUUGUAUGAAAAUGUGUCAAAGUGCCAUGUUGUUAAUAUAUUUGUGAUCUUGUUAUCAUUGAAAGCUGAAUGAUCUUAAUGUCUGUGCCAAAUCACGACUACAGACUGAAAACUAAUCGCACUAUCCGGUCUGGAAACUAUACGAGCUCAAAUUUGUUUCAGUGAUGUUAUUUAAAGUGUAAAAUUUCCCGUUCGUACACUACACGAGUCUUCAUUGUGUAUUUGGGCUUUUCCACUCCUAUAAAUCAAUUACUAUAUUAUGCAAUUGUAAGUGUAAACUCCCUCCAGCCUUUUGUUAGCAGCAGUUUAACUUUGCUACUACUGAUGUGCCAUUCAUAAUGUUUUGUUUUGUUUCUCUCGUCUUUUGCUCUCCUAUGCAAGUAUUUGUCGAAGUUACUAAGACAAACAUGAAUAUGACUUGUUAACCACAUGUCCGUUUUUAGGCUUCAACAUUUUUUUUGUAUUUCUUCUUAAAUAAAGUUUGUUUAGA